AGAAGUUGUUGUUCAGUGAGUCAGAUCGCAGCGUGGUGACGGGAAAAGCUACGGCAAAGCAGAUGGUUGAGGGUCACCCGAAGCGCUUUGUCGCUGCUGCGGUGGCAGGGGUCGCAUACACGCAGUGCUACUUCCUUCGCAAGCUUGUCAGCUCAAGCACAGUCUACCUGCGCGAGUCUGCAGGGUUCCCGGAGACUGUGAUUGGUGCCAUCACAUCGGCGUUUGCGCUUGCGUACGGGCUGUCGCGUGUUCCAGGCGGCUUGAUCACGGACAAGCUAGGCGCCCGGACCACACUCGCAGCCUCCCUCUUCAUCUCUGCGGCCCUUACGAUCGCAGUGACGUGCAUCGCCAAUGCCAACAUCUUCUACAUCUUGUGGUUUCUCCACGGCAUGUGCCAGGCCAGCGCUUGGCCCGCAUGCGCCCGCCUUCUCAAGGACCUCUUUCCAGAUCGCGAAAGGGCGUUCUGGUGGGCUGCCGUGUCCACGUCACAGAACGUGGGCGCAGCGCUAACCCCAAUCCUUGUCGCACACAUUUACACGUGGUUCCAGGAGCGCAAUGCUCAGUUCCCCCUCCCCAUCUUUCCGCAUGCUGAAGCCGACGCGACAUGGCGCUUCCCCUUCCUUGUCCUCGCCCUUCUCUGCCUUCCAGUCGUCAUCCUCGCCUACGCGCUUGUCCCGUCAUACACGGUGCCGCGAGAGCCAGCACAAAACAAGGCGACCGCCAGCAAGCACAAGGGUGCAGACAAGCCUACGCCAUCGUGGUGGAAUGGCAUUUCGCAGCUUCCAUCCGCCAUCUUCCUCAUCACCAUAGCCAACAUGCUCAUCUACGCUGUGCGUGACAUCAUCGGCAACUGGCUGCUGCUCAUCUUCCACGAGACGCGGGGCUUCGACCCAGCGCGGGGCGCAUCCGUCUUGGCGCUGUUUGAAAUUGGCGGCAUUACCGGGGGCCUCCUUGCAGGCAUUGCAUCAGACAAGGUGUUUGGCGGCCGGCGCGGCCCCAUUUUUGGCAUCUGCAGCUUUGGGCUCCUCCUCUCGUGCACCGCCGUCAGCUUUGCACAUUCUUACGCGGCCAUCUGUGCUGUGUUCUUUUCGCUCGGGCUGUUCCUGUUUGGCCCGCAGACACUUGUUGGUUUGUUUGCCAUGGAGACGGCACCACCACACCUCGACAGCUUUGCAGCAGGCAUCGUCGGCUUGUGCGCGCAGUUGGGAGGCAUCACAGCCGGGUACCCUGUGUCUCUGCUGAAGACGGCGUGUGGCUGGGACUGCGUGCUGCUGGCAAUGCCUGUCAUUGCCCUGCUGUGCUUUGCGGCAUCUGUGCCCCUCUGGCAUGUGAAGCCCUAUGGCGCACAGCCCAAGUCAUCGAAGCGGUCGCAGAAGAAGAAGAAGAAAAAGAAGGUGUUGUGAACCGCCUCGCUGCAGAGACUGGAUAUGCACAUGCCUGUGUGCCUGUUACCAGAUGUAUCGGACCUGUGCCUUUGCAUUGCCGCUAUUUGUUUGGCAUUGCUUCAUUUACCUGUAUUCUCUCCUCCCCCUGUAUUUCCCGUCUCCUGUUUUCCUCCUCUACUGUUGUCCCUCUUCUUCUGUGUACACCACCAUGUUACCACGCCCCUUUGACGCAAGGCAAGCCAGUUGUGUCCUUUACAGUGAAAACAUAUGUACAAUGCGCAA